AUGAAACUUGCAAACAAUUUUUUUAUUUUCUUUUACGAAACUUGAGCUUUGUGUACGACUUAUCUAUUAAAGAGUUAUUGUUUCCAGAAAACUGUUUCUGUUUUACGAAGAAGACAAGAAGACAGCAUGACAUCGUACAUGGUUUAUCCCAACUACUUUGACGAGGAAGUUACGUAUUUGAAAAAUUUCACGAAGGCUCUGAAUGGCGAGGAUAGCCCCUUGCACCGAUCGAUUUUAGACGAAAGGGUCUAUCUUCUGCAAGCGCAGCUCGAGGACCCAUCGGUGGACGUCAACGUGCGGAAUCAAAACAUCGAAUCUCCACUCCUCUCCGCCCUCCGUCUCCGAAACAAAGAGAUAUCUCUCAAUUUAAUGUCUAAGUUAGUUCUGCACCCAAAUGUGGACGCCAAUCUACCGGAUUACCACGGGGACACGCCUCUUCAUGAAGCGGUCAAAAACGAGACGUCUUUAAUCAGCGAAGUAAUUUUAACCACGCUCCUCAGAAACCCCACGGUCAAAAUCAACGUCAAGAACUAUUUGGGAGAAACCCCUUUACACGUGGCCAAAACCGUGGCAGCCGCACGACAACUCGUGAAAAAGGGGGCCGACAUAAAUCGGAGGGAUGGGAGCUACAAUACUCCUCUGCACAAACAGGUAAAGAAUCCCGAUGUGUGCGACUUCCUCCUGCGCCAAGGCGUUGAGAUCAACGCUCGGAACAUCAAUGGGUUUACUCCUCUGCAUGAAGCCGUCUACUACAAGGUGGAAGAGACCGUGAUUAUGCUCCUGGAAUACGGGGCCGACGCGAAUUUGGAGAACGACUACGCCCACAAGAUCACGCCUCUGCAGAUAGCAUACAGAGUUCAUGCUGCUGAAAGCAUCAAAUCUUUAUUGUGGGACAAGACCAAGCCCAAGUAUCUGCUGUUCGCCGCCAGUUACGACAGUACCCAGGUGCCCCAGAUCUUAAAGGAUUGGUCCACGCUGUCGAAAGAAGAAGACGAACUUGUUGAAUUCCUACUCGAACUAAUAAUUCUAUUAAAAAGCUGCGACGAUCUGAGAGCGGUGACGUGCGGUCGCUUGGUCACCGACUACUUCUUCAGCGUCGUUCACCUGCUGAGUCCGUGCAGCAGUCAAAGAAUCACCAAGAAGUUCGUCGAGUACUUGAUUAAAUCCCACUACUUGGAACGCUCUCUUCUCAGCUUCGUCAUAAAAACGCACGAUUAUUCCAGACCUUCCAGUCUCGAAGAAAUAACGAGUGUGGUAGACGUGCUUGUUCAAAAAGGCGAAACCGUGGACUUUUCCGACCUCGAAUUCAUCUACCUGCAGUUCGGCGACUGCGAUUUACUCCACGACCUCAUCAAAACUAACGUCACUUCGAGGAGGCGUAAACUGAAACAAGUUCCGUUCUUCAUUAAGGCGAUUUGGAAUGUCGCGAACGACCCCAUGAACUUGAUGGAGGCAAAAUCUUUAACGAACAUUAGUGUCAUGGACUUUUAUAGUAUUCAUACCUUGGCGAGGUACUGUACCUUGCCGCCACUCCUCUUCAAAAACUUCCACAAUACGUACAAAAACAUCAUCAAGUACGAAAAACCCGAGUUAUGUACGGAGGAGAUGGAAGUCUGUUUGCAAGACAUCAAGGAGAACAUCGGGAUUCCGAGUUUGUUGGAGUUGAGUAGAAAUGCGGUGCGUCCGGCGUUAUGUAGAAGAUAUAAGCUAAAUAGGGCGGCCGAGUUGUACGCUCUGCUGAAAAUGUUUGGACUUCCUCCACAGCUAAUUUCCAUUAUUAUGAUGGAAAAUCCGCUGUUUUACCACAUCGAAGCGCCCACGUACCUGCCUUACACGCGGGCGCAAUAUUACUGGUGAUUUUUGUUUAUAGGCUAGUAUUGUUAAGUUAAUUUUAUUUGUACAGUUGUUAAUAAAAAAAUGAUUGAUCAGA